AUGUUCAAUUCUAUAAGAAUAACAAUAACGAUACCCACUUUAAUAAGUCUACUACUGCUACUAUCAUUUACAUUAGCAUUCGAUAAGGAUGGAGAAUUAUAUUAUUUGAAAGCAAUUAAACAAUUAAAUGAUUUGACAAUACCUCCAAUUGAACCUAUAUACAAUUUAGACAAUAUAGAAGGUUCAUUAUACAUCCCCCAAUUUGACAACACAAUCAAUAAAUACAUUCAAAAUGGUUAUCAAACCAAUCAAAGUCCACCAUCAGAAUUAAUUGACAGUAUAAUACCAUUACUAGAGAAAUCAGCUGAAUGUAAUAACGUCAAUGCAAUAGUAACAUUGGCAGAUUUGUACUUUUUUGGUAAUUAUUCCCUCCCCACUAAUUAUACCAAAGCAAUAGACUUAUAUCAUAAAGCAACGUCAAUAUCAUCCAAUGGUCAUGCAUAUUUCAUAUUAGGUCUUGUCUACUCAACUGGAUUGUUUGGAUAUACUAAAAUAGACCAAAAUAAAGCUAACUUGUACUAUCAAUUUGGGAUGCAAAACGGAGAUAUCAAUUCUUUAUUAGUUUUGGCUUAUAGAUAUAAUAAAGGAAUAGCAGUACCCCAUAAUUGUGAAACAGCCUUGAAUUAUUAUGUACGAUUAGCUGAAAUGGGAUAUAAAUGGCUUCAAACUCAUGAUAGAGAUAUCGAUUAUAAUAUCAGAAUCUCGGAUUUUAAUGGGGGGUUAUAUGGUGAAAAAAUGAGUGAGACUCCUAAUAGUAUUGAAAUUCAAUCGAAAGUUUAUACAAAUUUAAUUGAUCAAUUUGAAGAACAUAAAUUAAAUGCAGAUGAUCAUGAAUAUGUUAAUUUAUAUUAUACGGCGUUGGAAUAUUAUAAAGGAGAUUAUUUCAUACCUAAGAAUUUAACUAAAGCAUUGGAAAUAUUUCAAGAAUGUGUAGACUUAGGUGAAUUGACUUAUGGUUUCAAUAAUUACGCCAAUAUAGAUACAAUUGAUCAAGUAUUUUUAAGUUCAUGUCAAGCAAAAUUGGGGAGAAUGUAUUUGAAAGGAUUAGGUACAACUAAAAACAUAACAAAAGCAUAUGAAUUAUAUCAGCGUUCUUUCAAGGUCCAAAGAACAGCAGAUGCCCUUAAUGAUUUAGGUCAAAUUGCUGAAAAGGGAUUAGUUGGGCCAGCAAAUAUCACAAAAGCAGCGGAAUAUUAUGGAGCUGCAUUCCGUAAGAAAUCCGCUGAAGGAGGGAAGAAUCUUGCCAAAUUAAUGUAUGAAAUGUCUGGUGGACAGAAUUCAACUACUGCAAAGGAUAUGUUUACUCAUAUGAAAGAAGCAGUAUAUUUAGGAAAUACAGAAGCACUUUAUCAUUUUGGUAAUUAUCUUCAAAUGGGAGUCAAUCUAUUUGCAGAACCAGACAAGAAAUAUACAUGUCCUUCAAUUAUUCAAUAUUAUCAAAUCUUUAUCGAGAGACUUUCGGAAGUAUUUGCCCCACACCUCAAAUUUGCAUUUAAUCAAUUAAUACAAGGUGAUUUCAAUGGCGCCUUGAUUGGAUAUCUGAUUGCUGCCGAACAAGGAUUCGAAGCUGCCCAAAUCUCAGCCGCAUAUCUCUUAUAUCAACUCCAACCACUAAUUUCCCAAUAUAAAAACCACAAAACCUUCACCAAGGACCGAGUAGACGUCGCCAUUCGUUAUUUAGACCGUGCAUCCAGACAAGGAAACGUCGAUGCAACCAUCUUACUUGGGGAUAUUUAUUCCGGUUCUGAUAGCGUUAUCCCCAUCUCCCCAGAUUAUGACAAGGCAUUCAAUUAUUAUCGUAUUGCCAGUGAUCGUCAUUCUUCACAUGGAAGUUACAAAUUAGCACAAAUGUAUGAAUAUGGGAUUGGACCCGUGAAUAAUUCCAUUGAUUAUUUUAUGGCGAAACGAUAUUAUGAUUCCAGUUUACAAUAUAAAGAACAAUCCGAUAUUGAGGCAAAAUUAAUGAGUAAAUCAUUAACAUAUUCCAAAGCCCAUAUCAAUCUUGCAUUAUUGAGACUCAGGUUGAAAUAUUUAUUCAACAAGAAGGCAUUCAAGGAGAGUUCAACCGGUGAGUCUGGAGGUUGGUUUCAUGCAUUUCGGAACGUCAAAUCAAACUCCGCCACCAAUCUUAAGGAAUCAGUAUCGAAAGCGGAUGCGCAUCAUGAGGGUACCACGUAUGUUAAUGAUGAUGGUGUUGAGAAUUAUGUUGAGGAUUAUGAUAUAGGUGAUUAUUUGGUCAUUUGUUUGACAUUUAUAUUUUUCGUGGCCUUCUUUGUUCAGAAUUUGAUUAGACAGAUUAGACGGAUCAGAAUGAGAAAUAACAAUAAUAAUCAGAAUAAUCAAGUAGAAGGACAAAAUGGUGAGAAUGAGAAUGGAGAAAACAAUGAAGGCGAGGGUGCAAGAGUUGGGUUGGAUGGAUUUCAUUUCAGAAGAGGGAAUUUUGAAUUUCAUUUCUUUGCCAUAUAG